AUGGACCUCUGCAACCAGACCAACAUCCUGGGGCUUCUCUCCCUCAGCACCUGCUUCCAGGACAAUGGCCAGGCCCUGCUGCCCUUUGACAACCUGCAUGAUGACCCUGCCUCCUCGCCGACUGCUCGGCAUGCAUCCGUUGCUUCCUGGCAGAUCCUCCCCUACUGGGACUUUCUACCCCUAUUCUGGGAGAGAACAGGGCCAGGAAAACCCUGGGGCCCCCCUGGGGAGUACCCCGCCAGUGUCUUCACCCUUACCUUCGACUUCAGCCACACCACGCUCCAGCCCUUCAUGUUCUGCCUGGACAGCCAGUACCAGGCCUCAGCACCCAACUCCCGAGUCCCACUCAGCUCUGCCUUCUUUGCCAGUUGGCAGAUCGUGCAGGACGGUGACCAGGUUCCCCAGGGGCAGGUGGGAGUCGGGGUGGAGCCCAGCUUAGUGCCAGGAGGCCAGGCCUCUGCUGAUUGUCUCCCCAAGACCAUGAAAAUAAAGCAGGUGCCACCAACAACUUCAGUCAUGAGUCUGCCAUCCAAUCUGGAUUAG